UCAAGAUUUGAUGAGAGAAAUGAUUCAAGAUAUGAAAGAAGAAAGCAAUGAAAAUUUGGGAGAUGAGAAGAAUGAAAUAUUAGAGGAAGGAAAAAUUGAAUAUUUGGAAGAAAAGAAUGAAGAUUUGGAAGAUAAAAGAGAAUUAAAUGAAGCUAACAAACAUUUAAUGAUAGAGAAUAAUCAAAAUUUAUUAUCUAAAAAUCUGGAUAAAGGAAAAAUUGAGAUAACCCAAACAAAUGAUAAUGAAGUGGAGAUAUCCGCUAAUGAAAAUCAUGAAGACGAAGAACAAAAAGCUAAUAUGAUUGAUAAAAAGGAAGAAAAUAUUUUGAAAAAGGGGGAAAGAGAAGAUAAUGAACUUGUCCCAGUUAAUGAAGUUAUUUCAAAAGAAAAUCACAAAGACUUCAAAUCAUUUUCAAAAUUCACUCCUUUUCACCCAAAAAUGUUUUUAGAGGAAAAAUUACUAUUUGAAGCUUAUGAAAAAUUUAUUGGAGGUAAAGGAGAUCCAAAGAAAAUAAUUCCAGCAUUGGAAAUUGGAGUGAUUAUUGAUGAAAUUAAAAAACGUUUUGAUUAUAUCAAGAGAUUCAAACAAAAUAAUAUUGAAAAAGUAAUAAAUUGUGAAGAAAAUAAAAAUUCAACUAGAAUUUUAUUCGGGAGUUUAAAAGGUAAGGAGAAAGGAUUUUCGGUGGGAAUAAGCAUUUUUGGCUUAUUGUAA